AGACAGCCCCUGUGUCCAUAUUAAUGUCCUCACGAUCAUAUUGGAGCUGCGCUGAUCCGAGCUGAGAAACACACACUCAUUACCGACACGGUUGCAGUGAUCAGCCCGCUGCUAUGCUCUUCCACCGUCUCCCGUAGAUGUCACGGGCUGGCAUACGUGGAAACACCGCUCACUCCCGUUUAUGAGAGCAGUUGCAGCACGGAAUGACAUGAAACGAGCACCGCUAUUCACCGGAGCUAACUUUUUCCACACUAACGUUACUGUUUUUUUCUCUCCCGAUCGGCUAGUUUUCUAGCUGCUCGAGCUAACCGUACAGCGGGCUCGGGCUCGGGCUGUUUUAAUGUAAUUAUCCACACGACUUCACCAUCGUGCUCAAGGAUCUUUCGGCUCAUGAGGCAUCGACGAACACAAUCUCCUCGUCUUAAAAACUGGGUUUUGAGGCCGACUCCACUAAAAUGAAGAAACAGUUCAAUCGGAUGAGACAGCUCGCCAGUCAAACAGUUGGCAGAGCGGAGAAAACCGAGGUCCUUAGUGAUGACCUGUUACAGAUUGAGCGGCGUAUGGAGUUGGUGCGAGUCAUUUCGCACAACACGCACAAAAGAAUGGUCAUGUGUUUGCAGGGGCAGAUAGGCACUGAUGCUGAGAAGAGACAUAAAAAGCUUCCACUGACAUCGCUGUCUCAGGCCAUGCAGGAUGGCGGAAACCAGUUGGGGGAGGAGUCUCUGAUUGGGAAAAUGAUGGAGAUGUGCGGAGAUGCAGAGAACAAACUGGCCUCUGAACUAAUGCAGCAUGAGAUGAACAUUGAAAAGGAAAUCUUAAACCCCCUCAAUCAGCUAGCAGAGGUGGACAUUCCUAACAUCCUGAAACAGAGGCGGCAGUUAGCCAAGCUGGUUCUGGACUAUGACUCUGCCCGAGCAAGGUGGUUGCAGGCGACCAAGUCCAUAAUCUCAGGAACAAACACACAAGCACUGACAGCCAAAGCAGACUCACUUAAAGAAGAAGUCGAUGAAGCUAUGAACAAAAUGGAGCUGUGUAAGGAUCAACUUUCAGCAGACAUGUACAAUUUCUUCUCAAAGGAGGCAGACUAUGCGCGCCACUAUGUAAUGUUAUUAGAGGCACAAGCGGAUUAUCAUCGAAAAUCUCUCACCUUGCUUGAGAGCGUCCUGCCAACCAUUCAAGCUCAACAAGAUUCGUGGACUGAGAAGCCAGCGUUUGGAACGGCUCUGGACGAGCACCUGAAGCGCAGUAGCAGAGAGAUCGCGCUGCCUAUAGAGGCCUGCAUCAUGAUGCUGCUGGAGACUGGAAUGAAAGAGGAGGGUCUUUUCAGAAUAGCUGCAGGAGCCUCCAAGCUGAAGAAGCUGAAGGCAGCUCUGGAUUGCUCCACUUCACAGCUGGAGGAGUUUUACUCCGACCCGCAUGCCGUUGCUGGGGCAUUAAAGUCAUAUCUCAGAGAGCUGCCUGAACCUUUGAUGACGCACCAGUUGUAUGAUGAAUGGAUACAGGCAUCUAAUGUCCCUGAUCCAGACAAACGGUUACAAGCUUUGUGGGUUACCUGUGAUCAGUUACCAAAAAACAACAAGGCAAACUUCAGAUACCUUGUUAAGUUCCUUGCUAAGCUUGCACAGGAAAGUGACGUUAACAAGAUGACCCCCAGCAACAUUGCAAUUGUCCUUGGACCCAAUCUAUUGUGGGCCAAAACCGAGGGGAGCCUAGCAGAAAUGGCUGCUGCAACCUCUGUACAUGUAGUUACUAUAAUCGAACCCAUCAUUCAGCAUGCAGAUUGGUUUUUCCCUGAGGAUGUGGAUUUUAAUGUAUCCGGCAUGUUUUCUAUGCCUGCGCCCCUGCCGAACAACGUCAACCACCUGACCUCACCAGAUUAUGACUCGGGCACUAUAGAGAGGAAGAGACCUGGCAGCAUGGUGGGCCCAGAUGGUGAAUUGCCCCGGAGAGACAGCUCUGCUAAUAAAUUAAUGGACCACAAUCCUCGUAGAGGCAAUACUGUGCCUAGAAAGCAGCACGCUUCGCCUGCCUUCCAGCCCCCGCUGCCCCCGGUGGAGGCUGCAGGUAGUGCAGGGGGUCAGCCCGUGGUUGAUCUCUUGCUCCAGCAGCCUGCACAGGUGGGCCUGGGCUUAGAGAGCUGUCAGCCCGGGCUGGCGCUGGGGAUGGCCGCCCUGGCAGCAGCACAGCAGCUUCUAGCUCAGCAUACUGAGGAGAUCAGUCCAAAGUCGCGAGACUCUGCGUCCACUCCUCCAGCUCAGAGAAAUGGCACUGGAGGAUCAGGACAGCUGAGUGUGGGGACCCCUGUGGCUGGAUCUACAGGACCCAGUCCUCACAUGGCACGCAGAGGUACCAAGAAGCCGGCCCCUGCUCCUCCUAAACCAGCCAACCCUCCACCAGGCCAACCAGCCAAUCAGUCAGUACAGCAUUCCCUCGGCCCCUCCCCUAGACCGCUUUCUAGUAACUCUCCGACCAAUCUGAGCCCCACACAACCACAGGCUCAAACCAACACGACCCCACGUCGCCACUCCAGCAACCAGCCUCCUAUUCAGGCACCCAAUCACCCGCCCCCGCAGCCUCCCACGCAGGCCACGCCCCCUCCCCAGCCCAGCGGAGAAGAGCCCUCCCCUCCCAGCACUCCCACACCACCGAGCACCCCUCCGCCCACAGCAGUGUUUCACGACAGUCCCACUGCUCCCCCAGUGUUCCAGUCAGGAUCGCUUCCUCGGCCGAGGCCUGUGCCUAAACCACGAAACAGACCUACUGUUCCCCCUCCGCCCCAGCCUCCAGCCACAGGAAGUGACAGCAAUGGAAUUUGCAGUGCUGCUUUCAAAACAAUGGAUUCGGGGAUGACAUUUAAACCACUGGCUCGAGCUCUUGUUCCUGAUAUCGCCAUUGAGAAGCCCGUUGCCCACCUCAAGGACACUGACCUUGACACAGAGAGCACCGUCCUGUAAAAACGGCCUUGUCCCACCAAACACUCGCUCCCUUAACCAAAGGUUUGCUAAAGGGCUGCUCUUCUCACCAUUACCAAAGUGUUUAUCAUCUUGGCUGUAUUCCUCGAAUACCCUACGCUUAAGACACUCAACAAUCCCAGUGGCACCAGGAAAACAGGCGCCCCGAGAUAUUGCAUGUUUAUUUAAACAUGCCUUUCAUUGCGAUGGCAGCAAAAAUGAACACUGUACGGUGAUAGGGUGAAUUUGGUGAACGAGGUACGUGGAGGUGAGUCUUAAGUGGCCUUAGCUAAACAAAGCAAUUACUCAAUUUAGAAAAGAUUGAAAGCUGUGGCUUUAUGUGUAGCUUGUGACUGCAGGUCUCCAGUCAGCUAAUACAGUACAAAUACAUUACAUUCCUUUUUUUUUUUUUUGCAAGCCUUAAUUUUGGUUAUAGGUAUGCAAAUGUCAAAUGAUUGGUUUCCUGCCUUUGACAGCUGAUGAUUUCUUAUUGUGAGGGCAUUAAAAUGACUGGACCUAACAUAUGUGGGAGAGCACUGCUCGGCUAUGUGUAAAAGUAAUCCUGAUUGGAUCAUAUGUGAAAAAGGCCAUUUGUUAUUGGACUCUCAAUAUGAUUGCUAAAAUUAGAAAUAGUGUUUAGCUGUCAGUUUAUGUAAUGAGAAAAAAGGUCAAAAUAUGUGCUUUAGUGAUAUUCUGGUAUGGAAACUUUGUUAUGGCUUUGUUUGUAUGUUUAUCAGGCCUUGACAAGGAUAGCUUUGUAUUUCCCUCCUUUUACCCCUGAUAUGGUACCAAAGUGGGGAAUAAAGUGCCACGCGGAUGUUAGUCUUACUGUAUAAUAGCUAAGAGCAGACAUAAUUGCUUACAUUUAUCCCUCUUUGUCUCAUUUCCAUAAACUCUCAUUAAAAAUCCGAACAUUUGGAAUAUGAUUCUCGUGUGAGGGGGGAAAAUGUAGGCGAUCAUGCUCAGUUAGCUUUUCUUUAUACAUUUUCCUUGCCUUUACCAUGCUGCCUUAAGUACACUUACAAGAGCUAUUUUACCAAGGUUUGGAAAGUAAACUGACUUCACACUUAUGAAACGAAAAGUUGACGGUGCAUUUGAAGUUCAGAAGCUUCAUGUCAGAAGACUACAUCUUUAUUGAAUUUGGAAUAAGGCAAAAAAUGCUUUGUAUUACUGCUUCGAAGUGAAAUAAAAAAAAGUGAAACAAGAA